GGCAUAUUCAGGAUGUACAGUUCACCUGACUUAAAAAAAGGGACAUUCGGUCUUUGGCUGUCUAGCUUGCUUCUCAUAUCGAAAUUAAUCGAUGGAUCACCUGUAGCAGUCGUUGAGAGUGCAUCCGAAAACAGUGCAGAGAAUUUUCUAGAGAAAUAUGGAUACCUUGAGGGGAAAGACCAUCACAAACACAAUGCAGUUGAGGUCAACACAGCUCUCAGGGAGUUCCAGUGGCUCAGCCAUCUACCGGUCACGGGGCGGCUGGAUGGUGCCACAGAGCGUCAGAUGGCAGUGCCCAGGUGUGGGGUGAAGGACGACAGGGGCCAGAGUGCCUGGGCCCAGCUUGUCAACGCCAUCUUCCUGGGGGAUGCGGCCACCGACAGAGGAAACCUGCGCAGGAAGCGCCACAUCCCGCUAGAUGAGAAGUGGCACAAACGUCACCUGUCUUACCGGGUGGUGAACUGGCCUGCCCACCUCCCACAGGGCCAGGUGGCCCUGGCUGUGCGCACUGCCUUCCAGCUGUGGAGCAACGUCUCUGCGCUGGUCUUCCGAGAGGUCAGCCAAGGCUCAGCUGAUAUCCGGCUGGCUUUUUAUGAAGGGGAGCACAACGAUGGCAUGGGGAAUGCCUUUGAUGGUCCAGGGGGCGCCCUCGCCCACGCCUUCUUCCCCUGUCGAGGGGAGGCCCACUUCGACAUGGCGGAACGCUGGACGCUGAAUGGGUACAAGGGCCACAACCUUUUCAUGGUGAUCGCACAUGAAAUCGGUCACACCCUGGGUCUGGAACAUUCCCCGGUGCGACACUCUCUCAUGUCCCCCUACUACAAAAAGCUGGGCAAGGCCACGGUGCUGAGCUGGGACGACAUCUCGGCUGUGCAGAAGCUCUACGGGAGGCCAGAGAGGGGCCAUGCGGUCCAGGUGCCUGGCUGGGUGUUCAGCUCUUCCCUUCAGGACUGGGACCUGGCACAGGGGGGCGCUCGUGGGCCCGCCCCGCCUCCAUACUGCAAGGGCUUCUUUGACGCCAUAACCAUGGAUCAGAAUGGCAUCACUCUGGUGUUCCACGGGGGUCUCUACUGGACUGUGUCAUCAGCGGGGGAAGUGAGUUCCCCUCGACCUCUACACAGUCGCUGGGCAGAACUACCCCUCGCCAUCGAAGCGGCUGCUUACUCCCUAUUGGACAACAAGUUCUACUUUUUCAAAGGCAGACGAGUGUGGCGCUAUGCCAACAGUACUCUGGAGCCUGGCUUCCCCAUGCGCAGCAGCAAGCUUGGUCUCCCAGGCCACCCAGACUGUGCCUUCUACUACCCCCGACUGGGCCACCUUGUCCUGUUUAAGGGCCAGCGCUACUAUGUCCUCAACCUGGGCUCCCUUAGCCCUGAGCCCUAUUAUCCCCGGAGCCUGACAGACUGGAAGGGAAUCCCCAAAGGGACCAAUGGUGCCCUGAGUCACCCUGAUGGCCAGGUGUUCUUCUUCAGGGAACAGGAGUACUGGAACUUUGACCCGGAGAAGGUGCAAGUGACAGGCGGAGGGAGGUGGGACAGAGAGUUGAGCUGGACUGGCUGUGGGAAACCUCUCGCGGGCAAUGAUAUACUUUGACCACAAGAGGGAGGCAAAAACUAAAAGGCACUUCGAUAUACUUUGUAGGAAAGUUUUUUACUUCAUAUUGAAUUAUAAAUGAAUGGUCAUUACAUAUUAACAACCUAGGAACUGCUUUUCCCUUGUGGGAGUUAUUAAUAAACAAAAAGAGGUGUUCCCAGAAGUAUGUGUAUUCUUAGACACAAACUAGCUUCAUCAGGUAACCAUAAAAGAGGAUUUGGUUACGGUCUCACAUUUUAUGUUUAUUCAGUAUUAUUGAAAUGUAUUCUGAUAAUAUUUAGUUUGAAAUGGUUUGUUUUGUUUCAUUCUUGACAGUAUUACGCUCUCUGUAUGAGUCAUUGGCCAACUGUGGGCUAUGAAUUACAUGUGUCUUUUUAGACAAAU